ACUUUUAUUCGGAACGAGAACACGACCGGUUUGAAACGUAAAAAUUGAAUUCGUAUAAAAUUUUAAGUUACAUUAUGGCUUUAAAUAAAAUUGAUGGUGUUACAAACAUUUCGAAACAACUAAAUCGCUGGCGCAACUUUAUUUUCAUGUGUCAGCAAUCAAGGAAUGCCCACGUUGCUCAACGGCCGGUAGCAUCGGAGCCUGUGGUCCCAAGCGAAGCAACCACCAAAAUGACGGACAACUUGGUCUGGUCGAAAAACUCGCCAGUCAGCCUGAUUAUGGAGACCGCUCGAAGGCCGCAGCACAACAGGACACUCGAGUUGAAGAAAGCUGCUGUCCAACUCAGCAGGAGCAACGAAUCCCUCAAGGCGCACUACAUCCAAAAGCGGAACGAUCGCUCUGCGGAGGAGCUGCUGGCAAAAGAGCUUCUGGCAAAGGAGCCGCAGACAGUCCAAAAGCUGGCCAAUUUGAUGUCCCUCAACAUCGCAAUGGUCGAGACUAAAGGCCAACGAUCUUCCAGAAUGCCAGCCAGGCGAAUGGAAACAGAUCUCCCAACCGGCAUUAUAGAUUUUAAGCCCCAAAUAAAGCAUAGUCCUCGUUGGCAAUAUACGAAGCCAUCCAAGGACGCAAUUAAAGACGCAAAGGAUCGCCAAAAAGGAGCUAUGAAAAACAUUCCAUUGCUGGCUAAGCAGACCGAGUUGGUUGAGCAGUCGCAAGAAAAAACAUCUGAUGUGGAAAACAAAAACGUCAAAACGGAGAAAAUCGCCACGACCGGAAAUAAAUUAAAAAUGGGUUUCAGUACAAAAGCGGUCCCGGAAGAUGAGCGAGAUAGACAAAAGAUUUUGUCCAAACUGGCUGAUGUAAUAAUAGAGCCGGUAGCAAAAAACCUAAAUUCCCAGGCUAAGUGGAAAUUUGGUUCCAGAUCUAUCCCUCGUCUGGACAUUUAAUGCUUGCAAUUUUUGAUUCUCCAUAAGUAAUAUGUUUUGUCUUUAUUAGUUUGAACCAUUUAAAUUAUUUUGUUUGUUCACAUUUAAAUCUUAUUACACCAAAUAUCAUAAUAUAUAUUAA